UGGCGGCGGCCCGGCGCGGCGAUGGGCGCGGCGGGCGCGGCGGGCGCGGGGCCGCGGCUGCUGCUGGAGCUGCGGGGCGGGCGGCGGGGCGCGCUGCUGGCCGUCGGAGAGCCAGAAGAAGGGCCCACGUGCGUGGACAUCUCUGUCACCCCGGCUUCGGUCCAGGUGAAAACGUCUGAAGGCUGCACCGAGCUCCGGCUGCCAGCAGAGGUCAGGCUUGACCCUUCGUCCUGUCGCGGGCUGCAGUUCCUGCCCGGAGAGGGUUUGCACCUGCGGCUGCAGGCCCAGGCGGCCGAGAUCAGCGCAAAACCGACUUCGGUGUUUAAUCAAAACGUACCUGCCCAAGAAUGUUGCACGUUUUACUGCCAGUCCUGUGGCGAAGUCAUAAUAAGGGACAGGAAGCUCCUCAGGGUGCUCCCGCUUCCUAGUGAGGACUGGGGAGCUCUGGUUGGAGAAUGGUGUUGUCAUCCUGACCCCUUUGCCAAUAAGCCACUGCUUCCACAAGCCAACGACUGUUUCACUGGGGACUCCUUCUUCUUGGUGAACUUGAAAAGUGAUUCGUGGCAGCCAAGGCCUGAAUUAGGCCCAGCAGAGACACACUCUCUUGAUGCUGAGGAUCAUUUUAAGUUGAACCCGAAGGCAAAUACCAAAGUAAUUUGUAAGCGCUGCAAGGUAAUGCUGGGAGAGAUGGUGUCAUCAGAAACCGCGAAGUUUUAUAUGACAGAGAUCAUUAUUCAGCCAUCGGAGAGCGCUUUUUCCGUCAUACCAAGGUCCCAGUUUGUACAGAGCGUGAUUGCCCGGUGUUUGGUGGAACUCUCUUCAGCGAGAAGCACUUUCAGAUUCACUAUUCAAGAUCCUGAGGGCAAAGUCUACAUCUUGCUGUGGCUCUUAAACUCAGACAGUUUGGUGAUUGACUCUUUGAGAAGUUCCAGAAGAAUACAAAGAAGCAUCCAAAAAUUUCCCCUGUUGGAAGACCAAUUGCAAGCUGAUCCCAGUUCCUCUUGGAAUGCCGUCAAAGUUCUCUAUGUUCCAUGCAUCAAAAGCAGGAAUGAAGAACUUGCCAGCUCGUGGGAAAAUGACAUCAGUGUCCACUCGCUAACCCUGCCCUCUGCCACCUGCCUGGAACUACUGUUGAUCUUAUCAAGGAGUAACUCGGCUCUGCCUUCGUCCCUUCGCUUUAUGAAUUCCUUUCAGGUGGCCUAUUUGAAAGUGUAACACGGAGCCGGCGUUGCUCUCCUUGGCAGACCACUCUUCACACCAGAGUACACCGGAGAUCAGGCGGCACCAGUUGGCACACUGGCAGCGAUUAUGGAGACAGGAAACCGAGUCUGGAACGAGAGCAUCAACUUGAAGCUUUGUGUUUGCUUGUUUGUGUAGAGGCUCUAAAAAGAAAAAAAAAAGAAAGUUAAACUUUGAAUCAUUGGAAAACCAAGGCCAUGAAGAGAGCUGUAAUAGCAGGUUGUCGACUGUUGAGAUAAGUAUAGAAGUUAAGUCUCUUUCCCACAGAGAGGAUUAUUCCAAUCUGUGCUGUGUCAGCACCACCUGGUAGGACAGUGGAGACCCAUCUGUCCUGCGUGGAUCACAGCGAGGGAUUUUGCUGGUGGAGAUGCAUGUUCGUGGGGGGAACUGUAAGUGAAGAACUUCUUACUUUCAUUUAAAAUACAUUUUAAAAGGACAAAACAGAGAGGAGUUGAUGUCCUUAUACCAAGAGCAUCAAUAAAUAAAGG